UAAAGAUCUUUUAAUCAGGAAUUAUAAUGGAUACAGAUUUUAGUAAAGCAAUAGAGUCCGACUUUUCUCUUCUCAGGAAGAGCACUUGGAGAGAUACUCUAUGUUUAGGAGAACUUCCCUUUGUUAAUUAUUCAGUUUUCUUAAAGGAGAUGACAGAAGACACUCUUUCAAAGAAUGAAAAGGACCAUCAGAAGACGAAGAUAUAGAAGGAGCUGAGAAGCAGCAUUCAUCCAUUUUUAAGGUUGGAUAUUUUGUGUAUUGCAUUUCUGACCAUUUGUUGUACAAGGUUAUUGAGAUUGAGAAAGACCAAGAAGGAAAUCCAACCUCAAUUUUAAUAUUAAGCCAAGACGAUUCAUUAAAGAAGGAAAUAUCUGAUACUCAAGAAUUUGCUAACUUCAAAGAUUCUAUCACUCUUAUUCUAAGCAUCUUUGAUCCCACCCAAUCAGAAAGCUCAAUCGAAGUUGAGUUGAAGCUCUACGAGAGAUUGGAGACUUCUUUACAACGUGCGUUUAGCGGGUUUGACAAAAAUAUCUUUAAUUACAUUCUUUUCUACAAAGGAAAGAUACUAAAUAGAAAAGAUUGUCCUUAUGGAAUCCAAGAUCUUAAGGAUGACGAUACUAUAUUCGCUUCAUAUUCAUACCAGAAACUCUAUAGAUUCUCUAGAUUCAAGAAAGUCGUACAGAAUGACUCCUGGUGGAACAAUAGUGACUGACCAGAGUCACUUAUAAUUGUACCACAAAGGAGCAUUGUUUUGGCAGGUUUCAGUUGUUUUGCAGCCCAAAAUCAGGACCAUUAUUACCUAAGAUAUGAAGUUCAUGUUGAUGGAAGAGUAACCGAGAAAGACCAAUUGAUAGCUUCGGACUGGAUCCACGAAGGAGGGAAUAAGAUUUACAAACUGAUGCUAAAGAACCCAAUCGAAGUCGAACAAUGGUCCAAAAUAAAACUGUUUGUCUGGAUAGGAAAAGACUUUCAAACUUCAGGCAAUAUUGAGACUGAUUUUGGGAGUGAAGGAGACGAGUAUAAUGACAUUCCUAAUGAAAACCAAGGUAUCUUUGAAAUAGAAUCUAACACUGAGGUCGAAGAAAGUUGGACAGAUUUAUAUUCAGGACACUUUGGUGAUAUAUUCUACCAUCUUCUAUAAUCUCCAUAUCUCUGACUCAAAUAGUAAACUGCCAGCUUAUGGUCAUUAGUUUCAAAUAUUCAAUGU